CCACACUAGCUGGUGAGGUAGGACACCGGUGCGCGACACAACUCAGACUGACUCGGUUUAGAAAGGACGCACGAUCGCGUCUUUAAAUAAUGACUUUAGGAAAAUAAAAAUAGCCUUUUAAUAAUUUAUUUACAAUUUAGUUAGCAUUAGAGAAAAUUAUUCAGCAAUUAAUGGUUAACGUGACUGUGUAAAAUUAAAUAGACCUAGUUUUCUUAAAAGUUUUAGUAAUUGGAAUAAGUGUUACUUAGUAAGAAUGGAUGAGGCUUUCGCGCACGUAGAAGGGAAGGAGAGGAAGUACUCGAAAGAGCUGGUACCCCCCGACGGGGGGUGGGGCUACAUGGUGUGCCUCGGCGUCGGAUUCACAUUCAUGCUCGGCUUUGGGUCGUCGAGCGCCUUUGGAAUACUUUUCAACAAUUUCUUCUCAGAGCAAGGCGGCGCCAGCGGGCUCACGCUAGUUAUAGGAGUCCAUAAUGGAGCCUUGUCGAUUUCCGGUUUCUUGGGAGGAAUAGCGUUAAAGAAAUACUCUUUCCGUCAAGUAGGAUUAGUGGGAGCCGGCCUCUUCGUCUUGGGGGAUGUCUUGACGAUAUUUGUAUCUAAAACAUACCAACUUGUGUUCACGUUUGGACUCAUUAGAGGUGCCGGUUUCGGCGUCAUGAUACCAGUCAGUUUUACCGCGUUCAAUUGUUAUUUCACUCAAAAGAGAACCGCUAUGAUGAGUGCCAACCAGGCCAUGAGCAGUCUGGCUUCCAUCACGUUUCCCAUGAUGGUGACCUUCCUGCUUGAGGAGUACGGGUUCAGGUGGACCCUGGCUCUGAUCAUGGCCGUGGACCUGCAUCUAGUGUUCGCGAUGCUGGUGAUGCAUCCCGUGGAGUGGCAUUUGGUGAAAUCACCGAUAGACUGCGACACCACUGCCGUUGCAACUGUUGGUAAUGAAGCCAAAGUUGAUAGCAAAGAGAAACUCGAGAAAAUAAAGUCAUCAAGACACGAGUCGUUUCACAAAAAUAUUAUUAAGACAAUAUGUGACAACGUGGAGCUGGACCUGCUCCGGGACCCGCGGUUCGUGAGCACGCUGGUCGGGCUCGGGUUCGCCUUCGUGUCUGACGUCACGUACCUGGCCCUGGAACCCAUGCUGCUGUUCUCCUAUGGAUUCACUAAGAUCCAAGUGGCCACUUGUGUGAUGGUGGGGGCCAUCGCUGAUCUGAUAGCGAGGUUUUCGCUGGCCAUCUUCACAUCAUUCUUCACCGUCGACAGUCGGAAACUGUUCUUCGCUGGGACUUGCGUCACCAUCUUUUUAAGGAUCGCCCUAGUGAGUUCGAGCGACAUCUACUACGUGUUCGCAAUAACGGCCGUGUCAGGGCUGGUGCGAUGCUCAGUCCAGGUGCUGUUCCCUCUGGUGCUGUCUGCAGCAGUGCCCGACCGCUUCCCGGCAGCCCUGGCGCUGCACAUCAUCUUCUCAGGGGUGCUCAUGCUCAUUGCUGACCCUUUGAUAGGUGUUAUCUUCGAGUUGACCAACAGUUACCUCUAUUGCUUCCUGGCUAUGAGUGUAUGUUGCUUGGUCUGUGUGGUCCUGUGGACCGUUGAGUACUUCGUAUACCGCAAAAAGAAACCUAGCAGCUAAACCUAAUUAGGUUAUCAUAUCAAUUACUUAAGACUCAGACUGAACCAACAUUUAGUAUUUGUCUAGAUUAAAGCCAUAGUAUUUUACUCUCUGUAUACUUAGCGUUAUGUGUUUUGAGAUUUUAUAUGAUAAAACUUCAGUUACCAUUUAUAACUUUGUAUUGUUGUGGAAGUUUUUUUAUUUAAUUAGUUUAUUGUAGGUUAAAUAAAAUGUAACGUAUUGUUUUUAUUGAAUCAUCACCUGAUAGAUGUUAAUACAUGAAAAGGCAUUUAUAAAGUAGGCCAAAAUUUUAGGACGACAAAAAAAAAAAUUAUAGGUAAGUACUAGCGCAGUCAAAACUUUUUCAGGUCUAUUAGAGCUAAUAACAACACACUUAACCAAUAAUAUAAGAAGCAGCAACUAACAAUUCAAUGUUAUUGUAUGAUUUAAAUGGUUAUACUUAGAUAAUUUAAGAGAAUAAUUUGAAGUUACUACCUACUAUAAAUACAAUAUUAAUAUAAGUAUUAUUUAAUAUUAUGUGGGAUGAUAUAUGAAUGUGAUCAUAUUGUACCGAUUCGCAAAUAAAUUUCUAUGUAGGUAUCAAUUUCUUUUUAACCUCUUGUAACCUUUGACAACAUUCUCUUUAUCUUAUUUAUGUAUUUAGUUUAUAAAGACCAGUUAGUCUGCAUAUUAUAACAGCUUGAUUAUUUUAUUAUCAGGUCCAGUUUAUUCAUCUGAAGACUUAAUGGUAUGGCUGUUAGUUUGUGCUAUAGUAACCUGUUGUCCUUGUGGUUAUAUAACAUUAUUUUUAGGUUUGUUUAGAGAACUUCCUAUUUGGUAAAUUAUAUUUUUUGUGCUUAACUUAACACGGUACCAAGUGUUCCUAGAUAUAAAAUAAGACUUUUACUGUAAUCUGAUGAAAUACUAAAAUAGAGUGAAUCAGGCGAGGAACGUAAUUGAGUAAAAUAAAGUUAUCGCAAUUAAUAUUACCACUUUGCAUCAAUAUGACUGAUGUAUUAAUAAAAACAUAUAAAGUACUCGUAUAUUUAUAGGUAAGUAAUGUAAAGUAAUAAAAGCAAUUGUACAGAAAUAAAAUAUUGGAUUAAUUGUU